AUGGCAACCCAAAGCCCACUGCUCGUGGACGACACUCAUGACCCUCCUACGCCCCUGUCGCCUCCAUGGAAAUCGCCAUUGUCUUUAGGCGUGAUGGCAACCUCGGGGGCAGCGUUCGGUUUUGCCAUGAAUAAAGGUCAAGUACACUUGCCCAUGGUCAUCCAAAACCAAAUGUCACUGUCUCAGUUCACCAUGAUGAAGAUGUUCCUCGCGGCGCUGGGCACGUCCGUCGUGUCCAAAGCCAUCUUCCACGCCCUACGACCAAAUGACUUCGAAGCCAUCCAGCGGAAGCGGGCGGCUGACCCGAGUCACGCGGUGGUGCUGGCUAUGGGGGGCCUCCUUCUCGGCAUCGGGAUGGACAUCUCGGGCUCGUGUCCGGGCUCCGUGUAUGUGCAGCUGGGCGCCGGGAUCCCCACUGCUUUGCCGGUGUUUGGGGGGGUCUUGGCUGGCUCCCUGCUCGCCUCUGCACUGGCUAAACCAAUGAUUGGUCGGUGGCAGGACGAGAAGGCCAAGGUCAAGAGAUUUGUGGCGCUGCCGUGGAUGGCUCAUGCAUUUGUGGGGUUGUUCAUCGUUGGACUUGCUGUCGUACUUGAAGUCCUCGUGCCGGAGGACCCUUUGCCAUCUGCCGCGUGGCUACCGAGCAUAGCGGGGGUAGUGGUGGGCAGCCUGCAACUCCCCCUGGUGUUGGGUCAAGUACACUUGCCCAUGGUCAUCCAAAACCAAAUGUCACUGUCUCAGUUCACCAUGAUGAAGAUGUUCCUCGCGGCGCUGGGCACGUCCGUCGUGUCCAAAGCCAUCUUCCACGCCCUACGACCAAAUGACUUCGAAGCCAUCCAGCGGAAGCGGGCGGCUGACCCGAGUCACGCGGUGGUGCUGGCUACGGGGGGCCUCCUUCUCGGCAUCGGGAUGGACAUCUCGGGCUCGUGUCCGGGCUCCGUGUAUGUGCAGCUGGGCGCCGGGAUCCCCACUGCUUUGCCGGUGUUUGGGGGGGUCUUGGCUGGCUCCCUGCUCGCCUCUGCACUGGCUAAACCAAUGAUUGGUCGGUGGCAGGACGAGAAGGCCAAGGUCAAGAGAUUUGUGGCGCUGCCGUGGAUGGCUCAUGCAUUUGUGGGGUUGUUCAUCGUUGGACUUGCUGUCGUACUUGAAGUCCUCGUGCCGGAGGACCCUUUGCCAUCUGCCGCGUGGCUACCGAGCAUAGCGGGGGUAGUGGUGGGCAGCCUGCAACUCCCCCUGGUGUUGGUACUCCGCCGAUCUCUCGGGGCAACGCAAUCCUACGAGUCCGUCCUCGGACUGGGGAUGUACCCCAUUCGAAACACCAGUGCCGGCAAGCGCCUCAACGUCCCUUCAAUCUCGGACCUCUCCACUUUGCUGUUUGUCGUGUUUAUCGUCGCUGGAUCGGCUGUAGCCACGGUCACCUCCACCCCCCCUCUCCCCCUUGGCCCCCUUCCGUCGGUGUCAGCGUCGUUAGUUGGUGGGGCGUUGAUCGGGGUAGGGUCCACAGUUGCCUGCGGGUGUACUUCUGGCCACGGACUGUCUGGAGUGGCCUUGCUCAUGAUAUCGUCGCUGAUUGUCCUGCCCUUCAUCUUUGCAGGUGGUAUUGCCACUGGCCUCGUGCGAAGCCUCCUCGUCGUGUAG